AUGUCUCUGGCUGUGCAAGGCGAACGACGCCGCGACAGGUCUAGAUCCACGUCGCGUGACCGACGACCUAAGGAUGAAACCGAGCGAGCGACCAAGUCAUAUUCAGACACGCGAGAACCAAGUUAUGGGUAUCCCGACGACGGCUAUGUCGACCGGUAUGACGAUAUAUACUCACGGCUUGAAAAUGACCGCCGUCUCGCGUAUCCCUCUGAAAGCAGCUUUGACCUGGCUCUGCCCGGGACCCAGCGGCCAUACCAGCACCACGAGAAGCGCUCUUAUUAUAGAGACCAGUACUCUCAGCCAGAGCCCCCAUCAUCGAAUCACCUUCCGGGGUCUUUCCCCAACGACGAGGCUCAACCCCGCCGAGGCGACAACGAUGAUCGCCACAAAAGUCGCGGAGAGGCUCGUGACUCGAGACACCACAACUAUGACCAUGAAUACAACGACAAGCAAGACAGUCGCCGCGCUGAACCGAGGCGCGACAAGCAAGAUGUAGUUGACGCUAGUGAUGAUCGAUUGAAGUACCUGCCGCAAAAGUACAGUCAGAAUUACGACGAUCAGAAAGGGGAUGACAAAAGAAAAGGCAGACGUGCUCGAUCCGAAUCCGAAGACGAGGCCUUAACUUAUGGCGGCUCACCCCCGCUCAAUGCCCAAACGAGCUCGCCCCCAACAUAUGGGAGCUACAUCCCCGGUUCUAAAGCCGGGGACAAGCGCAGCUCAAAGUACAUAGAGGACUACUACGAUGACAGGGGACGUUCUCAUAGCCCUGACAGAGAAGAUCGGUCCUCCAGGAAGUCAAAGAUUGAAAACUACCGGGAGUAUCCAGACGAUCCGAGGAGCGCUAGAUCGAAUGCUCUGACACUGGAACCGUCUCGGCGCACAAGAGACCGAUCUCGGGAUACUAGACGAGAUGCCUCGCCAGGUCCGGCAUUAUUGAGAGCUGAGCCCGACAAGCAUGAACGGGACAAGUCUCGUGAUAGAUCCCGCGACAGGCGGUCAUCAAAGCGCGAAUCUUCACCUUUGCCACCCAUUGCCCGAAUGUCUUCGCUCACAGUUGACACAAAGCGCCCUACCAAUAUAUCACUGGCCGCAGCUCCAGGGUCUCCUCUUCUCGAGUCAUACCAUGGUACAUACCAGGACUGUUCCCCGAUGCCAUCGCCGCUGCUUCUUGCAUCGCAAGCAACCGCCAAUGAACCCCCAAAUAUUGUAGAUGCGUUCUCCCCACUCAACUCUGAUGCUGAAGGAGACGGCAAAAAGCGCAACCGGAGAGCUCGUUUCCAUGACCCAGAAGAUAUUGCAUCACGCCUAGCGCGCGCUUUGAAAGGCGACCGGCCGCCUGAUACGGAGCCUCUCAUCGAGAUCCUCCCAAGCUUGUCGCACGAACAAGUCAUGGAAUUGCGGGCAGAAUACAAGCGUAUUGUCAAGACAGGCUCCGAUCGCAAAGGAGUUAACAUUGCGAAGCAUAUUCGAGCACGUCUCAAAGACGAAGAUCCUCUGCUGAUGAAAGCGUGCUACUCUGUUGCCCUUGGAAUAUGGGAGGGUGAAGCCUACUGGGCCAAUUUCUGGUAUCAGGGAGACAAAACUCGUCGCGAGCUGCUUAUUGAAACCCUCAUGGGACGCACGAACGACGAGAUCCGCCAUAUCAAGGAUGCAUUUACGGAUAAGAAAUACGACAACAGCCUUGCGAAAUGCAUGAAGACCGAGCUGAAGGAGGAUAAAUUCAAAAAGGCGGUUCUGACGGUUUUGGAAGAGCGACGAAUGGAAGAUCGCGAUCAAUCCGGUCGGGCAUUCCCCCUGGAUUACGAUUUAAUCGACCGCGAUGUUGAUGAAUUGAGAAGAGCAGUCAAGACCGAGAAGGGUGGUGAAACGUUAAUGAUCGCCAUCGUUCUGCAGCGCAGCGAUGCUCAUCUGAGAGCGGUUCUGAAGGAGUACGAGCGUCACUACAGGGGUAAUUUUGCCCGCGAAGCGCUCAAGAAGAGCGGAAAUCUUGUGGGUGAACUUCUCGCCCACAUUCUGAAUGGAGUCAUCAACCGUCCCGUGCGAGAUGCCUUGCUACUACACCACGCAUUAACAGCCUCGCGCAAGGAUAGUCUACGACGCGAGCUGCUGGUCUCUCGACUUGUUAGAUAUCACUGGGACCCUAUGCACAUGCAAGCUAUCAAAAGGGCCUACAGCGAGAGGUAUGGCCGCGAACUUCAGGAUGCCGUCCGCGAUGCAACCAGCGGCGAAUGGGGCAUCUUUUGCUUGGAGCUAUGUAUUGCGCGAAUGCCCAAUCAUAUUCGCCACAUCGAAAGAGUUGGAGGUAGCGGUCGGUAG